ACGGUGCUACGGACUUCCAGUUUACCCACAGUUUCAUUCAAAAGGACAUAGUGAAGGCCACACCAUGUCCGGAGGCGUCAGUAUGCAGGAGUACCUUCUCCAGGGCAGUGUGCUGGACUCCUCAUGUGAAACGCUCCUCCACAGACUCCGAGGCCUGUCCGAUAACGUGGACACCGGACCGGAGGCGUUUGUGGACCAGGAGAUGGUGUACAUCCUCCGGGGGAGCCAGACUCCGCCCGUGAUGCUCCGGGCCAGACGGGCGCUGGACCAGCCGGACUCACUGCCCUGGCAGCUCAGAUAUGUCGGCACGGCGGAAGCCGGGAUAGGUGAUAAAAGCCGCAGCACCCUGGUGCGGACGUGCAUUGACGUGGCGACGUCGGACAACGUCACGACCUUCCUCACGGACAUGGGCUUCAGGCUGGACCACGAGUGUGUGGUGAAGGGAUACCUCUUCACCAAAGGCUGCAUCAAAGUCACCGUCUCUAAAAUCUUCCGCGUGACGGUUCCAGGAAACACGGAGAACCUCGAGCCCCUGUCCCUGUCCCACCUGGUGGAGCUCAGUGUGGUGUCCCCGUCUGGGCAGGACGAGGUCGCUGACACCAUGAAGCUGUUUGCCGAGCAGCUGAAGCCAAUCGUACAGUUGGAAAAGGUGGACCAUAGGAGGCUACAGCAAGUAUAGAGUGGCUGAAGCUCAUUGUACAGUUAGAAAUUAAGAUCGUGGACCAUAACCUAACUGUAUCACACGAGCUGCAGAGGAACUCCAUGGAGCUGAGAACGGACCAUACUUUUUUAUACUAAGGCAUCAGCAGGAGAAAAGAAGGCUGCAGCUUCCUUCAGAGAAUAUGUUAACCAUUCAUAGCCCUUACAGGAUCACACUUCCAGCAGUACAGGAGUUCAAUAGAACCAAGACACUUUGUGUUAGUACAAACUAGGGCUGUGGCAGGUUUAGAAGAGACUUAAACAGGUUUAUAGAGAAUAUGGGAACCAUCACAUUUAUGAUAGGAGCUCCAUAGAGUGCUGGGCAGUGAGAUAUCAGGACAACUCGGCCUUUUGUAGGCUGGUGCUAUAUAGUUCAUAGUUGGUAUCAGGGUAGUAAUUUUAUACAUCAUGUAUAGGUUAGAGAUUUUCUCCUAUCUUAGAAGAGAUCCAUUUUCAUUUGGUUGCAGGCCGUUUACGUGCGUACAUUCCAAUUACACAGGAGUGGUUCAGAAUUGUAACUAUUGUUACUGUUCCUGUGUUCCAUACUACCUGGCUAGCUGGAUAAAACCUCAUGAUAUAACUUUACAAACUAUCUUUAGAAACUAGAAACAGCUAUCUGGAUAUAAAAACAAGACAGAUGGAUUCGGAAUAUUCAAUAUAAAAACUUUUCAUUGCAACAAAAUGUUUGAAAAGUGAACAUAGUGUAGACAAGGAGGUUUAACUGCCUUGGUGUAGAAAAAUAAAAUUUGCAACAUGUCUAUCAUAA